AUACUGCUACAUCGAUCAAUUUAGAUAUAAUAAGUCAAAUAUCGUUGGAACAAAUUUCGAAGUUAAAUGAAUUUAGAUUUUUUUACUUACAACCAAAUGAUAAUAAUUUUUAUCAUAUAACUUGUAAAAUGGUUUUACAAUUUCAAAAUUUGGAAAAUCUCAUUUCCUUGGAAGAUGAAUAUGAUUACGAGUUCUUUUACCAAAAUUCAAAUGCAAGUUAUCAUGUUAUAUGCAAAUUAUUAUCAAAUACUUUGAUUGUAGAUAUAUUGAAUAAAGAAUUUUAUAGUAUAGAUUUUAAUACAAAUGACCUAAAACGCAAAUAUACAUUGACGCGAGAUCAAAAAAUAGAUCUCGAGAUGAGCUUGAAGAACGCACUUCCUUCUUUACAAGAUCGAAUUUUUGAAAGCGACUCGCGCGUUGCAUUUACUUUAGAAGCCUACACAAUUUCUAAUGAUAUUAAAUUAUUUUAUCAACCACCACAUGAUGAUAAUUUUUAUCAUGUAACUUGUGAAAUGGUUUUACAACGAAUGUAUGAUGAAGAUUACGAUUACGAGUUCUUUUAUCUGGAUCCAAAUACAGAUUUUUUAGAUGAUCUAAAACGUGAAUGUAAUAUAUUAUUAACUUCACAUAAAAAAUUUAAUCUCGAAUUAAAUUUGAAGCAGGUUCUCCCUUUUUAUCUCUAUAUUCCUGAAAGACAAAUGAGAUUAAAUUCCGGCGAAAACGCAACCACUUUUCUCGAAGGAAUUAAUACGCCACAAACAUCGACAAUGUAA